AUGCUUCUACAACAGAACUGGGUUUCUCCUCACUGGGCAUGGCAGAGCCUGGGGAAGUCCUUCCUUUUGUUUGUUUUCUUAAUGUUACAAACAGCUGAUCUGGAAGCCAGGAGAGGUCAUCAGUUUGUCUGGAAAACAGGUCACUGGGGCCGGUGCGUAGGUGACUGCGGCUUGGGGGGCAUUCGGAGUCGGGCCGUCUGGUGCACCCACGCGGAGGGCUGGACAACGUACCACGCGAACUGCCACCAGAAGGACAAACCCGAAAGCCAGAGGAGGUGCUUUAAAGUCUGCGACUGGCACCUGGAGCUGUUCGAGUGGGAAGUUUCGGGAUGGGACAGGUGUGGGCUCGUCCCCUUCGCUGGUGGUGAGGCGAGAGCCGAGGCUUGUGUCACCGCGCAGCACGGGCUGCAGCACCGGACUGUCCGCUGCCUCCAGAAGCUGAACAGAACGGUUGUCGCCAACGAAAUAUGUGAGUAUUUCACGCCGCAGCCACCCGCCGAGCAAGCCUGCCUGGUGCCCUGCCCGCGGGACUGCGUCGUGUCCCAGUUCUCCAGCUGGUCCGAGUGCAGCACGGGCUGCGCCAAGAGCUUGCAGCACCGGACGCGGGCGGUCAUCGCUCCCCCUCUCUAUGGGGGUGCCCCGUGCCCAAAUCUGACCGAAUCCAGAGCCUGCGGCGCUCCCGUCUGUCCUCUUGGGGAGGAGGAGCACACUUACAGCCUCCGAGUGGGGUCGUGGGGUGAAUGCCGGCUGCCCCAUCCUAAAGACGGUGACCUGGCAGGGAGGACUAUGUCGGAGUUGGGUUCGGACUCUGGAGAGCGAAGCACGCCUGGACUUCAAGGCUAUAAACCCCACCACCGUCCCGGGGAGGUGGAGAUCGGUUAUCAAACCAGGCAGGUCAGGUGUGUAAGGAACGAUGGAAAAAAUGCAGCGCUGAGCCUCUGUGUGCAAGAUCCUGUCCCUUUGACCUUCAAGUCCUGUGUCAUCGCUAAAGACUGCGAAACAUCUGAGUGGUCUGCAUGGAGUGCCUGCUCACGGACCUGUGGCUGGGGAGAUCUUGCCCCGGGCUUUCGGAGCCGGCGUCGCGGUGUGCGGAGUGUGGCGGUGGGCACUGGGAAGCAAUGCCCAGAGCUGGAAGAGAGGGAAGCAUGCAGCGUGGGAGGGAAAGAGCUGCUGCAGCCUUGCCCGAGGUUUGCCUGGAGGACUUCUGAAUGGAAAGCUUGCCAAGUGUCUCUCCUCCUUGACCAGGAGGACCCUCGCCAGCACAAGCAUGUAGGCCUUUGUGGAGGUGGCGUACAAACCCGGGAGGUCUACUGUGUCCAAAUCACCGUGGAACUUGGGAUGCACCAACUGAAGGAAGUUACUAGACCAGUUAAUGGGAAGCUAUGCCUGGGUCCUGCUCCCUCCGCCUCCCAGCUGUGUAACCUGCCAUGCCCGUCCGAGUGCGUGGUGUCUGCCUGGUCGGUGUGGGGCCCCUGCCUUCACGAGAACUGCCAGGACCGCCGUGGAGGAAGAGGCUUUAGAAUGAGACAAAGGCAAGUGAUUGUGGAUCCAGUAGGCACACUGGCAGGUUGUCCGCAUUUAAUUGAAUCUAUUCCUUGUGAAGACCCGGUGUGUUAUGAGUGGAUCAUUUCAGAAGGAAUAUGUGUGACUGAACGUGGAAAAUGUGGACCUGGAAACCGCAUGCUGAAGGCUGUAUGCAAGAACAAGAAAGGUGAAGAAGUACCACAUCACCUCUGCUCAGAACUUCCCCGUCCUGAAGUUGUGGCUUGUGAAAUCCCUUGUGCAACAGACUGUGUCAUCAGCGAGUGGUCCCUGUGGUCCCCGUGUUCCCACUCAUGCUCCAGUAAAAAUGCUGAAGGCAGUCAAAGCAGGAGUAGGUUCAUCUUGGCCCUUCCAGCUGAGGGUGGAAAAGCCUGUCCCCCUGACCGAGCCCUGCAGGAGCACCGUGCCUGUAACGAUCACCCGUGCGUGCAUUUCUUCUGGGAAACUUCUCCCUGGAGCUCUUGCUCCGAAGACGCUCUGGUAACUGCGCUCAAUGCAACCAUUAAUUGGAGCGGAGAAGCCACUUGUGGGGUGGGCAUACAGACAAGGAAAGUCUUCUGCAUGAAGAGCAGUUCUGGCCAGGUCACACCUAAAAGAUGUCCAGAGUCCAUCAGACCUGAGACUGUGCGGCCAUGUCUCCUCCUCUGCAAGAAAGACUGCAUUGUUACGCCUUUCAGUGAGUGGACUCGCUGCCCAACAGCAUGUCAGCCUGGCAAUGCCACAGCAGUUAAGCAGUCCCGGUAUAGGAUUAUCGUUCAGGAUGCUGCCAAUGGGGGACAGGCGUGCCCGGACACCUUGUAUGAGGAAAGAGAAUGUGAAGAUAUUCCUGUCUGUCCAGUGUACAGGUGGAAGACCCACCGCUGGAGUCACUGUGUGCUGGUGCCAGAUUCAGUGAGACAGGGUGUGCCGGGACAUAAUGAGGCGUGUGGACACGGUUUGCAGUCAAGAGCUGUUACGUGCCUGUCAGAGCACGACGACUCUGCCGAUGUCAGUGACUGCCUGCGGUGGGCAGGAGCUAUGCCACCUCUUGUUCAGGAGUGUGUCGUUCCCUGCAAAGAUGACUGCACAUUUACCCCCUGGUCUAAAUUUACAGCAUGCUCGUUUGACUGUGAAUCAACUAGAAGUAGGAGACGGUCACUCACAGGGCGAAGCAGAAAGCGAGACAAAUGCCAGAAUACAGAAGUUUAUCCUCAAGUUGAAACAGAGCUGUGCCCCUGCGAGGUGUUUACCUCCCAGCCCCACGGAAACUGGUCUGACUGCAUUAUUGGAGGAGGUACAUCUGAGCUGCAUUUGGGAAUGAGAUCCCACAGAGACACCAAGGAGUGUGGCGAGGGUGUACGACUGCGAGCUAUUGCCUGUUACGAUAAGACCGGCAGACUCGUGGAACCAUCUCGCUGUAGCAGUUCGGGUUACAUUGAAGAAUCUUGCAUGGUCCCUUGCCCGUUUGAUUGCAAAUUAAGCGAUUGGUCCAGUUGGUCCCCUUGCAGCUCUUCUUGUGGACCGGGGGUGAAAGUCCGAUCCAAGUGGCUUAAGGAGAAGCCUUACAAUGGAGGUCGUCCCUGCCCAAAGCUGGAUCUCAAGAACCAGGUGUACGAGGCAGUCCCAUGCGACAGCGAGUGCAAUCAGUAUUCUUGGGUAGUAGAACCGUGGUCUCCGUGCAAAAUCAACAGCGAACAAAAUUCCCUCCACUGUGGAGAAGGAAUACAAACGAGGAAAGUCAGGUGUGUGAGUACUGCUGAGGACCACGGAGGGGAGACUGUGCCCAACGCACUGUGUAAUCAGGCUGAAAUCCCAGAUCUAACGCAGAAGUGUAGCUUGUACUGUCCCAGUGAGUGUGCGGUGUCUGACUGGGGACAGUGGAGCAAGUGUCCGCAGGUGUGUGAUCCGAAUAUUAUGCAAACCCGAACUCGACAAGUGCUAAGGUCUUCUGUCAAUACGAAGCCCUGCCCUGAAGAUUCACAAAUGAAGCCAUGUAUUCUUAACCAAAAUUGCUUCCAAUAUCAGUACAAUCUAACAGGCUGGAGCGGGUGCCAGCUGGGCGCCAACGCCGCCUGCGGGCGCGGAGAGCGCCGUCGCCUCCUCAGCUGCCGCCGCAGGGACCGGGCCACCGUCAGCUGACGCCUGUGUCUCCUUCUCAUCUCGCAGCUUCGCCUGGAGAAGCCCGUGCAGACGAGCAGUCGGUGCGUGGUGGGGUGCGCGGUGGACUGCCGGCUCUCGACGUGGUCGGCCUGGUCGCAGUGCUCCCGCACGUGUGGUGCCGGCGGCCAGAUGGUGCGUGGGCGUUCGGUGGUCCUGCGGGCAGCGGGUGAGGGCAGACCCUGCCCGGAGCAGCUCACCCAGUACAGGAGCUGCCCGGUGAAGCCCUGCUACAGCUGGCUACUGGGCCCGUGGUCUCCCUGCAGAAUCCAGGGUGGACAGUGUGGAGAAGGAUUGCAAGUCCGCAACCUCACGUGUGUAGUGCAUGAUGCAUCUGUUUCUGCUACGUCCAAACCAGUAGAAAACGCGUUAUGUGGUGAGCUGCCAUCGAAAGAGAGUGUGCUGCAGUUACCGUGCUCUGUGCCUUGCCCAGGUGACUGCCACCUGACGGAGUGGUCAGAGUGGAGCUCCUGCGAGCUCACCUGCAUCAAUGGCAGGAGCUUCGAGACAAUGGGGCGCCAGUCUCGAUCCAGGGCGUAUAUCGUCCAGUCUCCUGAGAACCAGGAGAGCUGCUCUGGGCAAGCGAUGGAAACACGACCGUGCUCAGGAGGGAAGUGUUAUGACUACCUGUGGAAAGCCAGCCUUUGGCGAGACAACGUACGCACAGUGUGGUGUCAGCGCUCAGAUGGAAUAAAUGUCACAGGAGGGUGUGCUCUUCGGACGAAACCUGCAGAAGUUCGGCACUGCAGCCCGGCCUGCAGAAAACCAUUCUCCUACUGCACACAGAGAGGAGUCUGCGGUUGUGAGCGAGGAUAUACAGAAAUAAUGAGAUCAAAUGGUUUCCUGGAUUACUGCAUGAAGGUACCAGGUUUAGAAGAUAAGAAAGCUGAUGUUAAGACCAUUGCUGGAAAAAAUAAACCUGUCAACUCAAAAAUGCAUGACAUUUUCAAAGGAUGGUCUAUUCAACCUUUUAAUCCAGAUGGCAAACUGAAGAUGUGGGUAUACGGAGUGUCAGCUGGCGGGUUCCUCAUCAUAGUUUUCCUUAUUUUUACAUCCUACCUGGUGUGCAAAAAAAACAAGCAGCAUCAAAGUACUCCUCCACAGCAGAAGCCUCUAACCUUAGCCUAUGAUGGAGACAUUGAUAUGUAA